AUGGCUAACACAAGUAAAAUGCUUUACAUUCCCGACAUGUUGGCGAAUUGGCCCUGGAAACGAGCCAUUAACCCAUACUAUGAUGAGGUCAAGGCGGAGUCAGACGCCUGGUUUCGCAGCUUCAAGGCGUUCUCUGAGCGAUCCCAGCACGCUUUUGACAAGUGCGACUUCCAACAUCUUCGAACUGGUUGCGACCUGAUGAAUCUGUUUUUUGUCAUCGAUGAGUACACCGACGUAGAGCCAGCACCUGUGGUUCGCGAAAUGGUUGAUGCCGUCAUUGACGCAUUCAAGAACCCACACAAGCCCCGUCCGGAGGGUGAAGUCAUCCUAGGUGAGGUGGCAAGACAGUUCUGGGAGUUAGCAAUCAAGACCGCAACUCCAACGGCCCAACGUCAUAUGAUCGAGACUUUCAUUGUGUAUCUCGACUCUGUCGUCGAACAAGCAAGAGAUCGCGACAACGAUACUCACCGCUCUGUUCCAUCGUAUUUCAAGACCCGUCGUGAGAACGUUGGAGCGAGAAGUUCAUUUGUUAUAUGCGAACUAGGAUCCGAUAUCCCAGACGAGGUUCUCCACCAUCCGGCUAUUAAGGAGUUGACAAGGCUCUCUGCAGAUUUCAUCGUUCUCGGUAACGACAUAGUUUCGUACAACAAAGAACAGGCGAUUGGCGACGACCGCCACAACAUCCUUACGAUUACAAUGAACGAGUUUGGCUUUGAUUUGGAGGAAGCUCAGGCCUGGGUCGUCACUUUUCAUGCAGACCUUGAGAAACAAUAUCUCGAAACCAUGGGGCGCGUACCAUCCUGGGGCUCCGACAUCGACAAACAACUCCAACUAUAUUUGGAUGGUGUUGGGAACUUGGUUCGGGCAUGUGACUCCUGGUACUUUGAAAGCGGCCGCUAUUUUGGGGGAAAAGGUCUCGAUAUUCAAAAGACACGCCAGGUGCCUCUUCUGCAAAAGAUUGCUCCGCUACGGAACGACGAGACUCUCCGAAAGGAGAACGUCGUUGUUCCCCUCAUUGAGGCGCUGGAAACCAGUGCGUGA